UUUAAGUAUUUAACCCUUUAAUUUAAUCCUCAUGUUUUGUGUUCUUAGAGGGAAGAACCGAAGAGGAAAACAAUCUCGAAGAAAUCUCCUUUGCCAGAUUACAGGCACACAGCGGAAGCAGAGUACUUGCUGUUGCAGCAGCGAGAUCAGAGGAGGAGAAGCGAAUAUCGAGCUUUCAGUCAUGGCUUCUACCUCCCAUGAUGAAGGGCCUGUUCUCCUUGAACGUUCUUCUCGGAUAACUAGAGGAAAAAGGAUGACCAAGUUGCUUGAUGAGGAGAUUGAAGAGGAUGAGCUGUUUUGGAAUCAGGAUUCUCUUAAGGAGGAAGCGAAUGAUGAAAAUUAUGAAGAAGAAGCAGAAGUUGCUGAUGAGUUUGAUAGUGAUUUUGAUGAUGAUGAACCGGAUCCAGAUGAAGAAGUGGAAGUUGAUGCAGAUGAGAGGGAGAAGAGGAAGAAGCGCUUAAUAUUUCCAGGAAAGCCUGUGACAAAGAAGAAAAACAAAAAGAAGGUUCUUUCUAACCUAGAAAAGGCUGACGAGGAUGAAAAAGAACCCAAAGAUGAAAAAUCUUCUCAGAAACAGCAGCCUAAGUUUCCUGAGCAGCAACACAUUUCUGAUGAUCUAGAAGGUGAGAGAGUAGUGAGAAAGUCAACAAGAACCUCAGUCAUUGUGAGGCAAGCAGAAAGGGAUGCAAUACGUGCAGCGUUGCAAGCAACUAUGAAGCCAAUAAAAAGGAGGAAGGAAGGCGAGGAGAAGCGAAUGACUCAAGAAGAGAUGCUUCUAGAAGCAGCCCAGACAGAAAUCAUGAACUUGAGGAACCUUGAGCGGGUCUUGGCAAGGGAGGAAGAAGUUAAAAAAAGAGCUGUUGUGCAUAAAGAAGUAUAUAGUGGGCCACAGAUGCGAUACACUUCAAGAAAUGGCAAAUCUUUUCUGGAGUUCAGUAAAGGGUUAUCAUUCCAAUCAGAGAUUUGUACUACUAAAGUCCUGUAUCCUGAGAAGGUUGUGUGUGCUGUUACUGGACUGCCUGCCAAGUAUCACGACCCAAAGACAGGGUUACCUUAUGCAACUAAAGAAGCUUUCAAAGUUAUCAGGGAACGUUACUCGACUGAAAACAGUAGUCUAAAAGGGGAAAAGGAUGCAGGGAUCUUGUAUGAUUCAAUUUCAGGCCAAGGAUUUUUGUCUAGGCAAAAGAGAUCAGUAAUAAGAAAAACAGCUGAAACAUCAUAUCUGCGAUAUUGGGCCCGCUUCCGCAGAAUCCCAGCUCUUGAAAUUGAAGAUCUUGAUUAACUAGUGACAAUUGAAAAAAAAAAAAAAAUCGUGGUUAUCUUGUCGUAGGUGGUCUUCAACUCUUCAUGUAUAUUUUUGGUAUUGUAAGGUUGAUUAUUGAUUUUCUUUGUUCAAACUGGAAUUUCAUCUUUAUCCAGUUUGAAGUUAGACCAUUUGGGUCAGGGCAUUUUUAACUAGUGAUUUAUGGCAAUUAAUAUUCUGUUUUCGUA